CGUGAGCAAAGCUUCGCUUCAUAUGGUCCGCCACGACACCUUUUCCUCAGAACUACACUUCCGCUUGUCGCACCCACCUUCAGCAGCCCGUAAUGUCACGUAUACAAAUGGAUCAACUCAUCGAUGAUGACGAAGAGGAGGUAUGUCCUCUUUGCGUCGAGGAGCUAGACCUAGACGACAGGGGCUUUAGACCGUGUCCUUGUGGGUAUCAAAUAUGUCGGUUCUGUCAUCACAACAUCAAGACGAACAUGAACGGAUUGUGUCCUGCAUGUCGACGUGUUUAUGAAGACAAGAAUAUCGUGAUGGUCAAGCCUACGCCCGAAGAAGCCGCAGACUACCAUAAGAGACAAGCCCAGAGACAAAAGAGAACUGCUGUUGCUAAACAAAAAGAAGCUCAAAGGCGUGAAGCAGACACACUCGGUCGGAAGCACCUUGCUGGCCUACGCGUCGUUCAAAAGAAUCUAGUUUAUGUGACUGGUCUUUCACCCACCACGCAAGAGAGCAAGCUACUGGAGACCCUACGCGGCCCAGACUACUUUGGACAGUACGGAAAGAUCAUUAAGAUUGUCGUCAGCAAAGCCAAAGACACAUCACAUCAUCACCAAUCUGUCGGAGUGUAUGUGACAUUCGCGCGGAAAGAAGAUGCGCAAGCUUGUAUCGAUUGUGUCGACGGAUCCGCGAAUGGUGAAAGGACUCUACGGGCUCAACACGGCACGACCAAGUACUGCUCGGCUUAUUUGCGCAAUGAGACCUGCAAUAAUAAGAGCUGUAUGUUCCUGCACGAACCUGGAGACGAGGGUGACCGGUUCACGCGACAAGAUCUGUCUGCACUCAAUAUCAGUCAAUCAAAUCAUCCACAUAAUUCAAUGAACCCUCAACCCGCACCUGUACAACAGGCUCCAAUCGCAGCAGCCACGCCAAUGCAAAGAGACGAAAGCAGUGAAGGUAGCCACAGCGUAGAUGGUUCUGCCUUGCCUUCUUCCGCUAGUUGGGGCAGCAAACCUGUACAAUUACCUCAAGAUCGCAGGACAAGCCGAGCGACCACGAGUUCAGAAGCCAGCCCCGCUGUUUCGCAUUCAGCCCCAACCCAAUCUGAGGUUCAUAAGUCCGAGCCUGCGACCCUCAAGCAAGUAAAUACUACUUCACAACGUCCAACACAACCACCGUCUCCAGAAGCACCCCAAUCAUCGUCUUCUUCUUCUCCGUCAUCACAACCGACUAAGCCAAACCGGAUGGAACAUCUGGAAAAUUUCCUCAAAAUCCUCUCAUUGCCAUGGGAAAAUAAUUUCUCCAUGGCUAACCUUUCGGAAAGAGAUCAAGCAAAACUUGAUAACAUGCCUAUGCUGCUUGACCCAUACGGUGGCGAGAAGCUUAGAAUAAGAAGAGAAAAAGAGGCCAAGUUAAAAGAAGAACAGGCUCAAGCGGUUGGGCAAGCUACAGUCCCUGAUACCGCGGAGGCUGUAGACGCGGAGGAUGACCCGGCAUCUGGAAGUCUGCAGCUAGGUGGCGAGCCGGAAGAACAGCCCAAUACAGCGUUCGUUCGCUCUCAGCACGCUAUUGGACCACCACCUUUGCCAUCAGGGCUUGGCCAGAACUUAUCACUUGGAGAUGAAUCAAGCUCUUUCGGUUUCAGUGGACGCGGUAUGAACGCUCAGCAGAAUCAGCAACAGCUAUUGAUGCAGCGAUACAAAGACAAUCCGAAUGCCUCGAAUCUUCUCAACAGCUUCCAGAACAAUCAGCAAGCUCAGCAGUUAAGCCAUGGACUGUCUUCGGGUUCCGCUCCGAGUCAUGCGAGACAAACUUCAAAGUUCUCGUUCGCGAACGAAUCUGGCACAGCAUCGACUGCAGUCAAGCCUGUUCCAAACCAGAAGUUCAUGAACCAACAGAACGCUAUGUUACCACCACAGAAUUCCGGCCCUUUCAGCCACCAGGGUGGUAAUGGUCAUCUUGGUAAUCAUUCAUAUUACACUGGUAGCGUUCAAGGCCCGCCUCCAGGCCUGAAGACGACUGGAACUCCACCAGUCAGUGGCGGAGGUAUGUUCGGCCAAGGACACGGGUUUGCAACGGGCGGUCUGGGCUAUGGAGCCAAUGCGACAGGCAGAAACAACACUAACGAAGAGAUGAUGCAACGUCUAUUGCGCGGACAAAGAGCCGACGGCCACGGAGCUGAUGCUGGUAAGCGUGAGUCUAUGUUUCCUUCUUUUCUUCAAUCCCACUCCUCGACCUCCUCUACACCUGCCCCUGCCCCUGGCCUACACAACUAUCCAUAUGGACCUCAGCCUGGUGCAUAUCAAGACGCCGGUCCACAGAAGCAAAAGAAAAAGUCGAAGAAACAUAGACAUGCUAACACUUCCUCUUCUGGGGGAGGUGGUCUAGUCGAUGUUUCCGACCCAAGUAUUUUGCAGGCAAGAUUGCAACAUGGUGGUGGGCCCAUGGGCGGGCAAGGUAUUUAUGGAGGUCAAGGCCAAGGUGGGUUCAACGCCGGUUUUCCUGGCGGGUACAACAACAACCGAUGGUGAAGACUCUGCACCCAACCCAUUUGCACGUAUAACUUUGUUUUUUCUUGAUGGUCAUAUUUUCUUUUACACACAUGUGGGCAAUCGCGGGCGGGCUUUGCUGGCGUUUCU